AUGAAAGAAAGAAAGCCAAACUUUAUAAGAGAAAUUCGUCUUCUGAUGUAUUCGCUGGGAGACACAGUAAAUCCGCGGCUAGACUCUGCCACUGUGAUUCACGACUAUCUAUGCCACUAUCUGACAACCAUCUUGAAAAAGGCAAAGACAGUGUCAAAGUCCAGAGGAAGAACUAAAACAGACGAUCUCAUGUACACCAUAAAAAGAGACAGAAGAAAGUACACCAGAGCAAAAGAGCUUCUAUUGACAAACGAAGAGCUGAAAAAAGCAAGAAAACCGUUUGAGUACGAAACAAUAGAAAAAGAGCAAUAA